AUGAACUCUAGUAGUUAUAUUCGUUUAUAUGUUUUCUUUUUGGCAGCUCUCCUAACCUUCGUGCCUAUCGUUCGAGCGAAUUGUACAAGUUCAGCUGUCUAUAGUUUAUGCAAGCAGCGUGGAAGUUCCAAUUCAGCUUUGUGUACUUCAACUGAUUAUAUUUGUUUAUGCGAUGCAGUUAAAGCCAUUUCCGAAUGUUACAGACAAUGUACUGAUGAUCCUAAUACUGUAGCCGAAGCUGAAGCUUAUUCGCAAGUUGUUGCAGGAUCUUGUAAUCUAGCUGCGUCCCAAUCUGCGACUAUGACGUUUCCGAGUGCUAAACCACUCUCAACAUCCAAAUCAACUGCAGAGCCAUCGAGUUCUUCAACAGUGGCAAAACCUACAUCACCACCAAACUUUGGAAUUGGUGCUAUUGAAAAAGUCAUGUACGGGUUGUCAAAAACGGUUAAUUUAAGUGCAGAAUUAAGUACAAGUUGGUGGUAUUGA